AACGCAAUGCAUUCUGGGGCAGUGCGGUGACAGACGCCAUGAUUUUGCUGUAGCUGGACCAGAAAAUGGAUGCUUCCUGCUAGCUGAAUGGGUAGCUGUAGCUGCAAGCUGGUUUUUUGUAACAUUUUCAACUACAGUUUUUCAGGAAAGAGUUAGUAAGAGAACAGACCUACCAGACGGUUUCUUCUUUGGUCUGUUUUGAUCCUUUAACUGUUAUCAAAGAGUGUGAUCAAGUUUUUGAUGCGGGGCUGGGUUAGCUGGAAGCUACAGAAUCAGUUAGCGGGCUAAUGCUAGCACGAUAAUAAUAAUUGCCGGUUGAUCGUAAGCAUAAAUGCGCUGUUUCCAGUUCAGUUAAAAGACAAGUGUACAUGUAGAUGGGAUCAAAGGCUACACCUUAAGGUAUGGCCUGGAUUUGACUUGGACGGUGCUGGUUAUGGCAGAAGGGACGGACACUGGCGAGAUGCCCUCCUUUGAGCCAAGUCCCAGUUCUGAAGCAAAAAAGAGACAUAUUUCUUCUGAUGGCAGAGAGGAGCCCAUGAGAAAAAUGCCUUUGACAAAAUUUGGUUCCAGACCUCGAUUUGAGCCUGUGCACUUCGUAAGCGGCGGGAGCAGUGGAGGAACCUACACUGAUGAGAAGGAGAACGAUAAGGAGCGCAGGAGGAGCGAGCUGUACAGUCCGAGGGACUCUGAACACUUUUUGUACAAUAGCAGCAGCAGAGCACAGGGAUCCUCCUCAAUGAGGCCCGCUUUUGACAGAGUGCCAGCAUACACAUCUGACUCCUGGGGUUCCCACAGGGACAGAGAAAGAGACAGAGACAUUUCUUCAGGUAGUGGGUUGGGUUAUGGAAGUCGUGGGUCGUCGUCAAACUUCUUGGCAAAAACACAGCAGGAGUACACAGCAAAAUAUGAAGCCCAAAACUUUCGGAGUUCAGACUCUUACUCUCAGCCGCCCAGGUACAAUGGGUACGGGGGAGGGGGGCGAUCAGGAGGCUGGGAUUCGGGACGUCAGGGUUUGGGCUACAGCCAUCAAGACAGGCCGUCAUCGAGCAGGCUGUUCAGCAGAGUCUACAAUAGCCCGGGGAGGAGCAGUCCUAAUGUUUCUCAGUCGGGCUCUUCAUUGCAGCCUCUUCCAAUAUCUCAGCCAACAUUAGAUGAGAAGCAAAGGCUGAUUGCCAAUGUAGCAUCUGCACUGGCUGUUGCUUUUAGGGACCCUAUGUACAUGACUGGAAGUGACUCACCAAACUAUAAUUUCAUGUUGAGCCGUAGCAUCCAGGCCUGCAAAACCAACCCUGAGUAUAUUUAUGUGAGCCUGAAGGAUAUUCCUCAGGCUGAUCUACCAAAGAACAAGAAAGUACCGACAGACGGCUACGCCUGUGAACUGAGAUGCCAGGGUGUGUAUCUCGCUACUGGAUACUCCGGAAGUAAAAAUGGGGCAAGAGACAGAGCCUCUGAGCAGGCUGUAAAACUUUUCCUGAAACCAGUCGAGGUUCGUGUCGUGCAGCGUAAAUUCAGACACACUGUAGUUAAUGACAUGGUUGUGUGCCAGCUACACAGCCCAACACCAGCAUUUUUGCCUGCACUCCGCAACCCGGAAGAUAAGCCGACACCUAGCUCCAAGGGCCAGUACGAGCCUGACAAGCAUAAGCACUGGACAGAGUUUGUGGUGUUGGACAAUGCUCACGACGCUAUCUGCAUACUGAACAACUCUGCAGCUUUUAAUCGCAUGACGAUAGACUAUAAAUUUGAUCUGCUGCCCAACAGCAGUAAAUGGCUGUGCAGCGUUUUCCUGCAGGGCGAGCUGGUGGCACAGGCGAUGGGCACCAAAAAGAGCUCUAAGCACGCAGCAGCGCAGGAGGCGGUCAGAAAACUUCGCCUGAACCAAGCGCAACGGCAGCAGCAGCAGCAGAUGCAGCAGCAGAUGCAGCAUCAGAUGCAGCAUCAGAUGCAGCAGCAGCAGGUGCAGCAGCAGAUGCAGCAGCAACGUCAACCGCAGUCUCAGUACUCCAGAGGAAAUAUUCAGUCAGAUUUUGGUGGACGAUUCGGGCAACAAGGUGGCAAAAAGAAGCUGAGCGAGCUGGUUAUCCUGGAAAACUCUGACAAUGCAAUCUGCAUUAUUAAUGAUACCGCUCAGUUUAAUAAAGUGACUGCUGACUACAAGUUUACAGUUCUGCCCGAUCAUCGCUGGAAGUGUGAAGUUUACUUAGAAGGACAGUAUGUCGCAGCAGGAAUUGGGCCAAAGAAAAUAGUGAAGCACAUUGCAGCGAUGGAGGCUUUAGUCACACUGAGACAGACGCAGGCUGUGGUCAAAUCCAACUUAAGAAAGGAGGGUUACAGCGACGCCAUAUCACGUUCUCAGAUCAUGGGUCGCUCAGGCGAAGAGGCCACGAGGCAGGAGAUAAAGGAAGACAACAUUGGAAACCAGCUGCUCCGGAAGAUGGGCUGGAAAGGAGGCGGUCUGGGCCGCGACGGGGAUGGAAUUGCAGAGCCAAUCAGAGUGAAGGAACAGUUCUCGAGAGAGGGUUUGGGUAUGGACACGGAUAAAACCGCAAAUCAGCUCAGCAAGCGCGACAUCGAGGACAUCAUUCGGAGCUACGCCAGUUCAGACCGCCAGGACGAUCUCCGCUUCUCCACUGACCUCACCAAUGACGAACGCAAACAGAUCCACCAGAUAUCCCAGAAAUACGGGCUGCGAAGCAAGUCGUACGGACAGGGAUGGCAACGCUUCCUCGUCGUCAGCCGCAAAGUACACAAAGACCAGCUCAUUGGUCAACUUCUACAGGAAGGACAGGUGGGCCGAUAUGAGCUUGUGAAACCUCAGACCUCACACGAAUUUGCAUGAUAGGAAAAAUCGUAUAUUUUUUUUUUUUUUUAAAGGACGCAUUCAUCGUCUUGGACUUGAAGGCAAACUGCACUCAAGCGUACCUGCUGUGUUUGUACUAUGUUACAAAUUUCCAGCACAUGUUAAUAAAUGAGAAUCUUUCAGGUAUCUCUGGUGGUUUCAGCAUUCCUUUGCCAUGAACUGUAUUUUAGCUCUAACAGGGGCUGUAGGAUUUGUCUCUCCUGCUUUUCCACAUGAGCUUGUGGUCAGUGCAUUGUGGUAUCAUCUCCUAAUGACGCUCCUGUUCUUUCCAGUUUAAAAAAAACACAUUUAGGCUUUUGUCACCUUUUGUUUUGUUCUGUGACUAUUUAAGAAACCUGGCAGAAUAUGCAGCUUUUCUCACUGCUUGUUUGUGAACAUUGGUAGACAGUUAACUCAUCAAAGACAAGGAUUAUAACGGCAUUAACAUCAAACUGUAGCUAGGUGCUCAUACCAGUCCCACUGUAGUAAUAAGGCAUCUAUUCAGCAAUACCUGCAAUGUUGUUUGCUAUUUCAGAACAUGGAGAUCAUUUUACAAGUACAAGAGCUGCAUCCAUGAGCAGAAAAUCUUCACAUUGUAAGCUGUGAUCUUUGUUAAUGUCAGAUGUGUUGGUUUAUGUGAGUACAGUCAACGUGUCUGCUUGUUUUCACAGCUGUAAUGACUGAAUAAAUUAAAACUGAGAAUC